AUGGCGAAACACAAAAGCAGGAAACCUGGUCACAGGGCUACACCGGUGCUCCAGAAGGCUUCCGCGUCUGGCCUCGAUGAGGCUGCGCCACCUGACGUGCAAACGCCUCUUGAAGACAACCACGCGGCAGACGGGCUGCAACUUGUCCAGGACAUCACUCAGGCGGUACUGGAUGGAACGUUCACCCUCCCGGUUCACGGUCCGUCUAGUGACUCUUCCGCUGACUCUUCAACUCCAACUCAAUCAGCAACCCGCACUGACCCAACGCAGGAGGAAGACUUUCUUCCCAUUCGUGAAACUGUACCAGAAGCACCUGUGCCAGAAGCCGCGGCACCAGAAGCCGCUGCACCAGAAGCCGCUGCACCAGAAGCCGCUGCACCAGAAGCCGAUGGGUCGGAAAGUGAGGACGUCGAAGCCAAGGCUCAAUCCGGGGAAGGAGAGACUGGGAGUGGGGAUGUCGCUGUGAGUCCAGACGACCUGGAUGACGAGGUGUUCAAGUCCGCCCAAGCACCGGCCGAUUCGUCGGUGCCGACGGUGGGAAACGUUCCUGGUUUUCUUGACCGCGGUGCCCCUGAGGUCGUUUCCGAAGAAGGCUCCGCGGCCCCGGUGUUAGGUGAGGGCGGUCGCGCAGAUACGUCAGUGGUUGAACAGAAAGGCUCCUUGGGAAUGGUGCCGAGAAUGGUUCAGGAGUUUGACUUGGAGAAAUGGGACAAGGAAAAACGGGCGUUCGAAGACAGGAUUUCGCAGUUACUAAUUGCCGACGGUCAGGCUCGUAUGGACAUAAGUAACUUGGAGGCGCAACUGGCUGCCAUCAAGUCCGAAUCGGAGCAGACUGCGAAAGAAAGCAAGCUUCGAGAGAAGCGGAGGCACUGA